AUGGUGACGACAGACAAAGCUGCGGUGGUGAGAACUAGGAACCAGCUUCAAGUGGAACCAGAGUCGCAGUUCGACAACAGGCUGUAUACCACAGUCGAGGUAGCUGGCCACCAAUAUCGAGCUUUACUCGAUACAGGAGCUGAAUCCAACUACUUAAGCUUGGCAACGUUUGCAAGCUUAGAAGCAGCUGGAUGUGCAAGGAGAACUCUGACAGAGAGGGGUGUGAUCUUGGCAAAUGGAACAGCGGCACGGCUGUAUGGGAAGGUGGAAAUCAACCUGAAAGUCGGCCAAGAACUGCUACCCACAGUGAUGACAAUCAUGGAGGGAUUAUCACCCGAAUUUUUAUUCGGUAUGCAGUUCUUGCAGGAGCACAGGGUGAAAAUCGACACGCGCACCUGCACCGUGGAGUGGGAGCCCCAACCCAGGGAGAAGAGUGCUCCAACCACACAGAAAACUGUGAGGGCCCGAGGUAGAGAGAUGAAGUCUGGUGCAGCUGCGAUAGACAUGCAAGGAAAGUGUCCGCAACCCCAGGAGACACACGUCUUCAUGCUGGUACGUGUCCAAGAUGUCUGGCUUAAUGCACUGGUCGAUAUCGGGGCUGAGUCAUCCUAUGUCUCUGGAGAGGCAGCAUGA